AUGCUUCUUCACACUGCAGAGAGACCUCAUAUGUGUGACGUAUGUAACAAGGCAUUUACACGGAAAGGUGAUUUAAACAGGCAUAUACUUAUUCACACAGGAAAGAAACCUCAUAUAUGUGAGGUAUGUAGCAAGUCAUAUACUCGAAAAGAGUAUUUAAACAGACAUACACUUAUUCACACAGGAAAGAAACCUCAUGUGUGUGAAGUAUGCGGUAAAUCAUUUACUCGAAAAGAUAGUUUAAACAAGCAUAUGCUCUUUCACACAGAACAGAAACCUCAUGUGUGUGAGGUAUGCAAUAAAUCAUAUACUCAAAAAGGUACUUUAAACAAGCAUAUGCUUCUUCACACAGGAGAGAAAACUCAUGCAUGUGAG